AGAUCCGCUAUUGACAGUAUUUCAGUGACCCAAAGCCAUCGCCAUGCAUGGCAGCAGAAGUGCUCAUGAUCAGUGACCCGGGAAAAAGAAGUCAAGAAAAUGCCACGGAAGCGGUCAUGGAGGCGACUUUGCAAGUUUUUUGUCGCCGGACUUUUGGGGUUUGUCCUACUCGCAGUUCUGUUGGUGUUCACGAAAUAUAUAACCCACCAAUGUACGGAGCAGGAAGCAAGGGAUGCACUUAGGGAGCUGUGUGAAGAGUACGCCAGGAACAGGGUUACAGGAAACCUAUGCCCAGAUUUGUGCACAGCACAUUCAAUCAUCUUCCAAGAAUGUCUGAACUACAGAAAAGGCAAGAGAGUAAUACUAGCCGAGUGGAGCACUAAAAAAGUCAUACUGAAAUCCCAAUACAGCCAUCUGCACGAGUACAAUUCAAUGAUAGCAAAAUACACAAACGAGGAAGGAAAGGUCGUCACUUCACAGCCAGAUAUGGCAACUUUCCUAAUGGUAGUGAAAAAUCCGCUACGAACCAUGUUUCAAGAGGAUGCAACGUAUAGCACUGUAAGGGAAACUGUGCGAAAGAUGUGGAAUAUGCCAUGGGAACAUCAUGAAACAAUGAGUGUAGCGGCUAUGGAGAGCCUUUGGGCACUUUUACAGCAAGAAGAAUACCUCUUGAUGCAGUAUUUUAAAGGAAACAAGCAUUUUCCAAAGAUUUACGGGUCUUGCGGACAUUUUUAUGUCAUGGAGUAUACCCCGACUGGUGACACACUAAGCCCUCAGUUGUUUAGCCACAAAACGGUCGAAGGAAUAUUCAAGUCAGGAACAGACUGGGAGGACCGUGCUAAACUUGCGCUAAGCUUUCUUACAUUCAUAGAAGACCUGGAUACUUUCUAUACUGAACCACUUCAUCUGUGUGAUGUAAAGAAUAAAAACUAUGGGGUGUCUGAAGACCUGACCAUACGAGCGAUAGAUGUCGACAUGGCGUUCUUUGAGACCAAAAAUGCGGAGAAUUCUGCAGGGACGGGGAAACUGCACGAAAAACGAAGACUGUGAUUUCGUUGACUGUACGUCGUCGUGUGACUUGACGCGUGGGAGAUGUUCAGAACACAGGUCAAACAACAAUCUGCAGGCCAUCUGUAAGAAGAUCUUCAUGGGGUCCAACAGUCCUCUGUUCGGCGGGUUGCUGCGCUCUCCUCCUGUGA